AACAUAAUAUUGUAAUCAACAAGUUUUGAGAGCCAAGAUGAAGAGACUGGUGACCACGAGCAGCGGCCGGCAAGUCUACGGCCCAAAAUGGCAGAACAUCGAAGGAAAAGACGAGAUCGAGAGGGACGCCGGCGAUCAUUUGGUUUCCAUUAAAUCAUCUACAAUAGCCGAUCAUGUUUCUGAUGAAGAUAUUAGCGUAAAUCAAGCAUGGAAAGAAUCUAUGUACAAAGCUGCACUAGAAGGUGAUUGGGAAGCAGCCGGUGUAGUUCUUGCACGACACCCGACUUUAGCUCGUGAUCACAUAACGGAAGAGAGGGACCGAGCUCUGCAUGUAGCGGUUGCAAGGGAGCACGAGGAAUUCGUGCGAAAACUGGUCCAAAAUAUGAGCCCAGACGACGUGGCAUUGCUAGAUGGACAUGGCUACACGGCUUGUUGCUACGCGGCUGUAUCGGGAGAAAUACGGAUUGCAGACCUAAUCUUUCAGAGAAAUCCGAAUCUGAGUGCUUCGCGCGACAUAAAUGGCGCAACGCCUUUGCAUAAGGCUGCAUUGCACGGAAACAAAGAGAUGGUUUCGUAUCUUCUGAAAUGGACUAAAGUUGAAGAUUUGUCUAGAGGAGAAUGGUUUGAUCUUUUGGUCAAUGUUAUAUGUUGCAAAAUGUAUGGUGUGGCUCUAGAAUUAUUGGAAAGGGAUGGACCUCUUGCUACUAUGAGAAAUGAACAAGGAACAGCAUUGCAUCACUUAGCCAGACACGAAGUUGAAGAUGUGAAGCGCUCCCGUUUCAAAGCCAUAGUACUCGAUUUGCUUCUCGUACAUAGUGAACUAAUCGGAGAACGGAUGUUUGGAGCAAUGCAACCAGAUCUAUGCUCAUUAGCAGAGAAAAUAUGGACCGAAAUCCAGAAAUUAGAGCGGCUUCGUGUGCUCGAGCUUAUCAAGAACCCUCCGAUCCUUCAUGAUGCAGCGAAAGUAGGGAACGUCGAGCUUAUAACUAUGCUUACCAGCACUUACCCCGAUCUUUUAUGGGACAUAGACAGCGACGGGUAUACUAUAUUCCACAUCGCUGUCAUAUAUCGACAAGAAAUUGUGUUCGGACUCAUUCACGAAACAGGAGCUGCAAAACAUUUUAUUGCAAUCUCACAAGACCAAAAUGGUGACAAUAUUUUGCAUUUAGCUGCCAAGUUAGCACAUCCAAAUGCAAGGAGGAUCGUCACCGAAUCCACUAUUGAAAUGCAAAGGGAGAUAGUGUGGUUUAUGGAAGUUGAGGCGAUUGUCCCACCACCGUGUUUGGAGAUGAGAAACAAGGAGGGGAAGACUCCACAAGAGUUAUUCUCAAAGGAGCACGAGAGCUUGCAAGAGAAGGCAGAAACAUGGAUGCGCAACGCAGCACAUUCAUGCAUGCUGAUAGCCACCAUUUUGCUUACAUUAGUGUUCGCGGCUGCAUUUCAAGUUCCGGGAGGAAACGAAGACUCUGGGCUUCCGGUGCACAUAAAGAGGAAUUGGUUCACAUGUUUCAUUAUUUUUGAAGCAGUCGCCAUGUUUAGCGCGACAAUGUCCAUCACUGUGUGCUGGUCGGUCAUGACAUCCAGCUUUGAAGAAGAUCAGUUUAUGCAGAUAUUACCGAAUCUAUUGAAACUUGGACUUAUCAUCCUCGUCAUCUCUCUUGUCGCCUCCAUCUCUGCCUUCGUGUCGGCCUACUUUCUGGUCUUCGUUGGAGCAAGGGCAUUGCUUGUUAAAUUUGUUAUUCUUUUGGUUUAUAUUGUGCUUGUUUACGCAGUUCUCUAUCAGUUCGAUAAGAUAUGGCUUAACGUCAUCCUUCCUGGAUAUCUAGCUCAGAAGCUUUCUACACCGGUAUGGCGUAGGCGUCGUAUGACCGGAAACAAGAAACCCUAGUCAUCGUUUGUAGAGUGUAUUCAUACAUGGGAUUUUAUUUUCGUCGUAUUUUAUUGGUGUGGAUGUGAGAUAUACAUAGCAGUGUGUAAUUUA